AUGGACGCCGUAGAGUCGCCCAAUGCCACCUCCGAGUCAGGAACCCUCAGUCCGGCGCACUUCAACCACUCACGCAAGCGGAAACACUCGGGCUCAACAGACCGUCCCACACGCGAGUAUGGCUUGAUGCGGGACACGGGCAAGCAUGACACCGCCCGCUUUGUUGGCAGCGGCAGCGGCAUUCACUUUAUCCGGGGCGUCUACGUGAGGCUGGCCCGUAAGUCUGCGCUCAGGACAUCCCAGUCCACCAACAACAUUAGCAACCUCGUCCCCGGAGAGGACGACCAGCUUCAGCGAGAGACAUCUUCCCGUGAUGGCGACGAGCAGAAUCUUUGGAGAAGUUCAGAGUUGAUACCAGAGUCUGAAGGCGAUGACUUCAACCCUUCCUUUGAGCAGCUGGUUGACUGGUCAAGGAGCUACUUUGAAGCAUGGCACCCGACGCUCCCUUUCCUCAGCGCCCCAGAUGUACUCAACCUCUUCGAGGAAGUCAGUGCUGGCGGAGUAGCUGCCCUCGGCCAUCUCGAGGGCUCGAUUGUCAAGUCAAUUUUGUCAAUCUCUCUAGCUGACAGUCGCCAAAGGGCUCCCUUUACUCAGCCAGUUCCAGCCUCCCUCGUCUUCCGCACAGUCGAGGAGGCAAUGUCGGCGUCACAAUUCGCCCUCUACCAACCAGCCUCGAUCCAAGCUACACAAGCCGCCCUCGCCAUACAACUGUUCCUCGUCUCUAUGCUUAGACUAAACUCGGCAUCGAGACUAGGCGGCUUAAUAGUCAGAAUGGCUUUUCAUCUCGGCUUACACCGGUGCCCUUCGAGGUACCCGUUCUUCACCAAAGAGGAGGCACAGAUGCGCAGACGCGUCUUUUGGUGCAUAUACUGCACGGAGAGAUUCCUCUGCCAAGCGCUUGGCCUCCCACUGGACAUCCGGGACGACGACGUCGAUGUGUGCUAUCCCGGCGAAGAAAAGCACGGAACACUUGCCGAUGCCGAAGACAAUAGGCUGCAAUUGCUCACAUACCUGGCCAAGCACGCGCGGAUACGAGGGUUGAUUUUGGAGCUGCGAAACAAAUCAAUACACUCGCGAGACGACACCGCGGAUCGGUCCAGUUACGUCCAAGCAGAGCUUGCAAAAUGGUCAAACGAGAUCCACGACGCGGUCGAAGACGAGCAUACGCAAGAUGAAAACACACCACAACCGCCAAUCUCUGCAGGACAUCGGGUUUUCUUGCUUCUGCUCAAGUACGAGUCAAUGAUCUCCCUCAAUCGACCGAUGAUGACGUCCGACCCUUCGAGCCCGGCGUACUCUGCGGGUUUGCAAAACUGCAUUUUUGCAGCGAAAUCCAUCUUCAUUGCUUUGAAGAGGCAUCACAGCCAGAACAAAGUCCCGGGUGACCCUACGAGCGCUUGCCUGCUUGAACCAUUGCUUCAGCCGUCGUUCACUUGGGCCGUGUGGAUUAGCGCAUUCAUUCUCAUAUAUGCUGGCUUUGAACGACAGCUGCCGUUAGCAAGUGCGUUGAAACACGUGGAAUCAGGGAAAGAAGUUCUCCGCCACAUUGCCUCUCGCGACACGUCGUGGCCCGAAUACUGCCUCUCCGCAGUCGACGAGCUCACGGCAGCCGUGAGAGAAUUAUCUGUCCCGAACAAUCCACUCAGACGACAACCGAGCACAAGUAACUUGGCACCGAACAGCCAUCUCCGAGCAGACCUCGGUCAACAAGCUCGACCGAACAGCAGUUCCAGCAGACCCAGAGGGCUACGCUCCGACUCGACAAACACCCAGCCAACCGGAUCCGGCCUCCGAGCCCGCUUCUCCCCGUCUGUCGCUGCGUCCUCAGGCCGGCCGGAUGACCAAGGGAUAGUCGCGCCAGACAAUACAAUUUGGUCACAGAAUCAAAGCGAUGGACUUUCAGGGCCGGCGGAUGACCAGUCUGGUAGAUGGCCCACGCAGGCCUCGCCAGCAUCAGGUCCGCCGGUCAACGCGGGGUGGACGGCGAGCACACCCGGGGCUCAGUCUGGGUUCCAGGCGACUGCGCAACAGGAUUCUCCCAACUUUGAUAGCCAGCCGUUUUCUCUAUCGCUAGGUGCUACCACGUCGUUUCCCGCGAUGGGAACCUCGGAAAAUGCUCCUGGCGAAGGGCAGGAGUCUAUGGUUUGGUAUGAUCAGUUGUUUGCUAAUUCUUUUGGCGCUAUUGAUUAUCCGUUUCUGGCGGCGGCGCAAUUUGAUCCGUCUGUGGAUCCUACGUGGUCGUAUUUACGAUAG